AAGAGAGGAGAGCCAGAUGAUAGAAAGUGUGAGUAGAUAGAUAGAUAGAUAGAUAGAUAGAUAGAUAGAUAGAUAGAUAGAUAGAUAGAUAGAUAGAGGCAGGCAGCAUCCUGUUGUGAUUUAGGUGUGUCUUUUUGUGUUAGAGUUUUCAUCCACUCAUUGAUAUAACAGCAGGAGAGGCGAGGAGGAGCAUCACUUUUCCUCUCUGACACACACACACGUGCAUUUACAAACACCAACACUGUUCAUUUUCACUGCGGAGAGGGACGGACCCCCCACCCCCCCCUCCUCUCUGACUCCAGGGGAAGAGACACACACACACUCUCUCUCUCUCUCUCUCUUUCUGUUUCUUUCACCGCACACACUCAGAAAAGCACAUGUGUUUCAUGGACUGGCAACAGAGGGAUGCGUCAUGAAGUCUCAGCAGAAGUGCAUUGUGAUCUUUGCCUUGGUGUGCUGCUUCGCCGUACUGGUGGCGUUGAUUUUCUCAGCUGUGGACGUUUGGGGUGAAGACGAGGACGGGAUCACAGAGGAGAACUGCAGCAAGAACUGCAGAGUUGUGCUGGUGGAAAACAUCCCAGAAGACAUCUCCUUCUUAGAAAAUGGUACAUCCCACCUGCCCCUCUCAGCGGGGCUGUACAACUUACUGGACCAAGCUAUCCGCGUUGUAGAGAUAGUUUCCCCGCUGUGGCUCCUCAACUCCUCCGAUUAUGAGUCCAGUUUUCAGCCUGCUGCCAGACAGGGCAGGGCUCUGCUGUCCAGGCUGCAGGGGCUGAAAGCUAAAGGAAUCCAGCUGAAGAUCUCCAGCGGGUUGAUUGACUCGACUGAGCUCAACACGCUCGCCAGACACAAUGCCGAGGUCCACUAUGUGAACAUGACAGCGCUCACCAAAGGUCACCUCCACUCCUCUUUCUGGGUGGUCGACAGGAGACACUUCUACAUCGGCAGCGCCAGCAUGGACUGGAGAUCCCUGGCCACAAGGAAGGAGCUGGGUGUGUUGGUGUACAACUGCAGCUGUUUGGCUCUGGACCUCCACAGGGUGUUCAGUCUCUACUGGGGGCUCCAGUAUAAAGACUUCAUUCCCUCCUUCUGGUCCAAGCGCCUGUUCGCCCUCUUCAACAAGGACGCACCGCUGGACCUCACCUUUAACAGCACCAAGGCUCAAGCCUACGUCUCUAGCUCCCCAGAUGUUUUCAUCCCCAAAGAUCGUAGCAAUGAUCUGGAAGCCAUUUCCAGGGUCAUCCAGGAAGCCCGUCAUUUCAUAUAUAUCUCCAUCAUCGAUUACCUGCCCCUCCUCAGCAGCAGCGCUCACAGGUACUGGUCUCGUAUCGAUGGUCUUAUCCGGGAGGCUCUGAUCCUGAGGAAGGUGCGAGUCCGUCUGCUGAUAAGUUGCUGGGAAAAGACUCAUCCGCUUACUUUUAACUUCAUCUGGUCCCUGAGGAGUCUGUGUAUGGAGCCGGCCAACUGCUCACUGGAAGCUAAGUUCUUCAACCCCAGAGUGCAGCGGGAUGGCAGUCUCCAGGGCAUAAACCACAACAGGUUCAUGGUGACAGACAGAGCCAUUUAUUUAGGGAACCUUGAUUGGGUUGGGAAUGAGUUUGCCUUUAACGCAGGAGCAGGCCUGGUAAUCAGUCAGCCGGAGGGCAUCGAGGACAGGAACUCAACGGUGGUGGAGCAGCUACGGGCUGCGUUUGACAGGGACUGGUUUUCACGUUACACCCGCUCCCUGCAGACCAAUAAGAUUCCUGUCUGCAACAAGCACCAGAUCAACAGGCUGGUGACAGUCAAAACAAGCCACCUUGACAAUGGAGCAGUGCCUAUCAGGACAGUCCAGCACGAUAACGGACCUGCACCGAUGAGAAACAGUCACAAAGAUGACGGGCAGACAUCAGUCAAAACAAGGCACCAUGAUGACAGACUUGAAAAAAUUAAUCGCCAAGGAAUGACCAAUGGACUGGUGCCAAUUAUAGACAGUUACCAAGAGAGGGGACACGUCAAAGUGAGUCACGAUGACAACAGACAGGUACAAAUCAAAGGUAAUUAUUAUGACAAUCCAAUGGAGUCACCCAGUCAGUCGGUGGAGAGCAGCGGCAGCAGAGAGAUCUCCAACGGCUCCCUGUGACCACAAAGCAUGAAGGGUUUCUUUUCACUGAAUGAUGUUUGGAGAACUGCUCUCUUCCAGUGACAAUGGACUUAAAUCACUGGAUCUUUGUAGCAUUUUAUUGCUAUUAUUUUGUAGAAAAGAAAAAACUUUAAAGAUUUAAGUAAUAUCUGGUUUGCAGGACUUUAUAAAGUAUGCGGAAGAACUCAGGAAGGAAUAUGAAUGCUCUUCUGCAGUUUGGCACUUUUGACGGAUUCUUGAAGAACAACACCAAAAUAUUUUGGUUUGGAAGACAUACUUAGAAAAAAUAACAACUCCAACAACCUUGCUACUUAUUUAAUCUUUUUAUCUGUCCUUGUUAUGAUUCCUCAAGCAAAGGAAACAGAUGAAAUCUUAUUGAUUGCAUAAAUAUUGUAUGUCACCUAAGCUGUUUUAUGGUAGUCACAACUUACACACUUUUAAAAGGGAGAAUGACACCUGCAUGUCUUUGCAGAGAUGGGAGGCAAUGCAACAUGUGUAGCUACACCAGCUACAUGUAGCUAUAAAGCUACACUCCAGAGUAGCUAAAGAUUUUCCACAGAACUGUAUUAACAGUACAUGUUGUGAAUUUCUUACUGCUUCUGUACUCAGAUUGUUAGUGGGCCUCAUGUAAAUAGUUUUGUGCAUCUUCAGCAGUAUUCUGAGUGAGUUACUUUGCAUUCAAAUAAUAUUUAAAACCGCAAACGUAACAACCAGCAACUUCAAAUUUUCAUCCCAGACCAAAUCAGAAACCAUCAGUUUAAUAGCUAACAUUUUUUCAAAUGACCUUAAUAGAAACAGACAACCCCAUAUGGCCAAGUAAUUUAUUUAACUGUCACUAGACACAAAGAGACAAACAUAAUUCAUGUUUUUCUUUUGAAAUAUGUCAAGUUUUUAAAAGCAUUUAGAAUUUACAUUCACCAGAUCCCACUAAUGGAUUUUUAAACAUUUCAGUGGAAGAGCCAAAAGAGUGAUUUCAUUUACAUUGACAGAAAGUCUUGCUGGGCUUUGAGUGGAUUGAUCAAAUCAUGUUCAAAUACCGCAAGCACUAAACACUGUACAGAGAGCGGUUACAUAAUCCAGGACUUGAUACGUCACAUAUCUCUAUAUCAAAAUGUUUUAUUUCAUUGCAGUCAUAAUUGAAUGAGAUGAUGUAUUUACUCUACUUUUUAUUACAUGACAUCAAGAGACCUGUGACCUAGAAAUUUCAAUAAGUCGCCAUCAUUGAAAAACUACAGCCUUCAUUACUUAAGUCAAAGGCAGGUACAAUAUUUUUUUCCCUGGUGUGAAAGGGGAUAUUGAUCCGAGAGGGUGUUAAUAGAUAAUCAUUCCAGUUCCCAUAUACAAAUCCAAGGGAAAGAAAAGGAAUUGAUGGGAUAUCUGUAGCAUCCUUCCAAAUGCAAUGUUGUGACUUAUUGAACAAAUACUGAGGGAGCAGUAAGAUGAAGGGGCCAGAGGGUCUCUGCAGUCAGCCUAAUCAAUACAAUGAAUUUUUAACAGAGCUUGACAGUUGCAAUUGCUGCAGUUUAACCUCAAGGACAUGGUGGCCUGUAAUGUCAUGCCUGUGACUGAAUAUAUAUUGCCUUUAACAUGUGGAGGGAGACAUAAAAAUACAUGAUUGUUAGUUAAAAAAACUAGUAAUUUACCCUUGACUGAAAGCUUGUAGUGACUUUCAUUUGCAUUUUGAAUGAUUGCAUGUCAGUUUAAGACCUUUGCACACUCUUUUGCUACGAGGGCAACUUUUAUCAACAAUGUAGGAACGUGUUUUAACUUCCAAAGCCAUUAAUCAAGGAGAAAUUUCCAGAGGGAGCAAACAACUUGCAGGGUGUCGUGGUCAGUGUGUUAAUGUGAAAGUUGAACAGGCGUAAUCAGUGUUUUAUCUGAACUAAUUUAGCAGCAUGAACAUUUGAAUCAUUUAAUUCUGCGGAUAAACUGGAGCUAGGGUUAUCAGGAUGCAGAGUACGUUCUGAUUUAAUCAGAAAGAAUCAGGCACUCGUUUUGGUAAAAUAUCCCGUGAUUUUUGGCAGAUAACACUAGUAGUCUGUGUGUUUGUGGCUGCUCUGUUUGUGCUACGGGUCAAAUAUAAACCACUACACAGACUCACAUCUGUCAUAACAUGUUUGUUAUGAUUAUAGACAUGCAGCCAAACCACUGAUCCCAAUGGAUCAAACAUUUGUCAGUCAAAACUGCACCAUUUAACAACUGUAGACUGGUCAUGGUGGAUAAAUUGUGCCAUCUAGUGGAUGCCAUGAGAAAGAACUUUUUUUCUCACUUAUCUGCUGCAAUAUGAUUUAAUCAUUUUUUAAAUCAGCCUUGAUCAAGUAUAUGAUUUUGUUCAUAACCACAGUUUAUAUGUCAGUUCAUAUAAAAUAUUUAAAAGGCAGCGACAUGGGAAUGUAGGUGAGUUUCCUG